AGAUUGUUCGGGCUCGUUAUGGAAAACUCUGGAAGUUUCCACGCCGCUUAUAAAGAAACUAUCUGGGGCGCAGGGGCCUGAGUCCAGACGAAGGACGGACCGAGGACGCGCUUCUGAAGUUCAUUACCAGUCGUUUUAACUUUAACUGCAGCUGUGACUGUAACUAAACAGGCCGCUGGAUGGUCAAGAUGGGUAAAGACUACUACGACAUUUUGGGAAUUAAGAAAGGAGCAUCAGAGGACGAUAUAAAAAAAGCUUAUCGCAAGCAGGCUCUUCGCUUUCACCCCGACAAAAACAAGUCACCUGGAGCCGAGGAGAAAUUCAAAGAAAUCGCCGAAGCUUACGAUGUUUUGAGCGACCCAAAGAAAAAAGACAUAUACGACCGUUUCGGAGAAGAAGGUCUUAAAGGCGGAGGCCCCUCAGGUGGUGGUGGUGGUGGUGGUGGUGGUCCUGAAACCUUCAGCUACACCUUCCAAGGUGACCCUCAUGCCAUCUUUUCAGAGUUCUUCGGUGGACGUAACCCUUUUGAACAGUUUUUUGGUGCACGCAAUGGGGGCACAGACGAGGACAUGGACACUGACGACCCUUUUGCCCGCUUUGGGAUGGGUGGCGGUGGAAUGGGCGGGUUUCCUCGCUCUUUCAGCUCUGGUAUGGGAGGAAUGGGCAGUCACAGUAGCGUUGUAAAGAAACACCAGGACCCGCCUAUAGUUCACGACCUCCGGGUGAGCUUGGAGGAAGUGCUGUCGGGUUGCACAAAGAAAAUGAAGAUCUCUCGCAAAAGGCUGAAUCCUGACAGGCGGACACUAAGAACAGAAGAUAAAAUCCUGGAGGUGCAGAUAAAGAAGGGGUGGAAAGAAGGCACCAAAAUCACAUUUCCUAAAGAGGGAGACGAGACUCCCACAAACAUUCCGGCUGAUGUGGUAUUUGUGCUGAAGGACAAGCCACAUCCGGUGUUCAAACGUGAAGGCUCUGACAUCGUUUACACAGCCAAGAUAUCACUCAGAGAUGCCUUGUGUGGCAGCGCAGUCAACACACCCACAUUGGACGGCAGAAGUUUUACAGUGUCAACAACAGAUAUCGUGCAGCCGGGGAUGAAGCGGCGCAUUAGCGGUGAGGGACUGCCUUAUCCCAAACGCCCAGAUCGUCGCGGUGACCUAAUAGUGGAGUAUGCUGUCAGGUUCCCAGAAAGGCUCAAUCAGAAUGCCCGGGACACCAUCGCUCAGGUCCUCCCACGGUCGUAAACAAGACAAACAGACCUCCAGGACUUAUCACACUAAGCUGCCAACUAUUGUUUUUAUGUCUGUCAUCACAUGGACGUUCAUGUGGAGUUUAUAAAUCACAGCAGACAUAAAGGAGAGACACAUUGGACAAAGUGUCCUUAAUGUAAAUACCACCUUGGCAAAAUGCUUACAGUGAAUGACUGCAGCAUUUCGGAGGCUUCAAUGUAAAUAUGACCAUUAUGGUUUGGUGUUCUGUUUACUUAAUAAGAUUAUAUUUUGAUGAAAGUAAGUGUAUUGUACUAUAUAAAAUAUAUGUGCAAUGUUCUAUGGGUAAUAAAAGCUCUUUCUGAGGAAGAA